GGAGCUUGCCGUCCGUGGACUCCGGGCGGCCGGCCACGCCGACCGGGCGGCGGCAGCCCGAGCCGUGCCGGGCCCCGGGGGCGCCCGGGCCCGGGCCGCAGAGGCGGAGCGACGAGAGCCCGCCGCCGCGCAGCGGCCGCCUGUCCUUCAACAGCCUCUCGUCCGAUGGCUCGGCCGGCAGGGUCCUCAGCAGGAACAGCCUGGACACCUGGGACUGCGACGGCGGCUCGUACUCCGUCGCCGGCUUCAUCCGGCCGUUGACGUCUUCGGCGGCCAUCAAGAAGCAGCACCUCGACCUCGGGCGGAUCGCGAGCCACAUCUUCACGCUGACGGAGAACGUUAACGCUGGGCUCGACGCCGCCUCCGUGGAACAGCGGACCCAUUGGAACUGCAGCCGCCGCUGUGCGUGCUGCAAGCGGUGUCCGGGUCUCUCGCGCUACGGGCCAUGGUGGAAUCACCUGCAGGGGGUCUGCAAGAGGCUCGGGGGCAACGGGCUGUUCACAACUUUUUUUCUGGUGUUGACGCUCUACGUGCUGUUCGCCCCAGACGUCUUGGAUCUCGUCCGUCGGGAAUAUCUCGACUACCCGUUCCUCGUGAUAAACACUGUGGUCUUCGGCCUCUUCGCGUUCGAGCUCAUCGUGCUCAUCGUGGGUAACAGGAGCUACGGGACGUCGGCCUUCGUUGUCCUCGACAUCGUCUGCCUGGCCAGUCUGCUGACUGACACGUUGCUGGUGAAGGGAUACGACCUGGGAGUCCUGCUGAGCCAGGACAACGCGCGCCUGUCGCGCGUGGCCCGGUCCUCCAGGACGGUCCGCCUGGUCCGGCUGGUCCGGCUGGCGAGAGUCGCCCGCAUGCUCCCGAAGAUCCUCAUGUUCCUGAGGACGCAGAACCUCCAGCUCGGCCAGCAGGUCCUCCUGCGGAGGCUCUGGCGGGGCUUCUUCGUGCUGGACGCCGACAAGGACGGCCUCAUCUCCGAGUUCGAUCUGAAGGUGUUCUACCUCAUCGCCCUGAGGGAGUGCCCAGAGAUGCUGCAGCACACGCCGGCCCAGCUGUUGAGCCUCGACAAGGAGCACAUCGAGAAGAGCGUCGUCACGGACCCCGACUCGCAGGAGGACGACACCGAGGGCACUCUGGACUUCCAGAAGUUCAGUCAGAUCAUGCUGAGCACGCGCCUCGGCAAGGACCUCAUGAACUAUCACGUUGAGGACCUGGAAAUGGGGGAGGGCGUCUGGUCACUGACGCAAAAGCUGAGCGACAGCACCGCCAUGAAGGUCUGCGCCUGCGUACUCUGCCUCCUGGUCACAGUCUCCCUGCUGGAGAUCGACGCGGUGGACGCGGGUCCCCUCGUCGGGCUGGCGCAGCUCGACCACGUGGUCAGAUCAGAGGCGCGGCUCGGCGCCCUGAACUUCGACUAUCUGUGCAGCCAGAUCAACACCUUCUGGGACAGAGCUGGUGUGCUCUUCUUGCACCUCGACGGCAAGUCCUUCGAGAGCGGCUGCUGCGACUCCUGCUACACCAACGCAACAGCUAACGCGGCGAUCGAUUCGAUUAACGAGAAAAUAAGGACCUCUCGGCUCCGGCCCACGGACAUGGACUCCAUCUGCCUGGUCGGCGGCACCGCCGACGUCUGCUCGGCGACGGGCAUCGACGGGGUAAGUAGCCUGGCGUUGCUAGACAUGUCGAGCCGGGUGCACGAGUACGCCGCGUGGUCCAUCGUCACGACGGUAACCAUGCUCUUCUUGCUGCUGUGCUUCGUCUUCGUCCUGAACAGGAAGAUCACGAGCUUCACCAGGACGAUCCUGCAGCCGCUGCGAUGGCUGGUGGACGACAUGCAGGCCCUGUCCUCUCUGGAGCUCCUCGCCAUGGACAAGGAUAUGCCUGGCGGGGCGGUCGUCAGAGGGGUGGAGGAGCUCAGUCAUCUGCAGUCUGCCUUCCAGUCGAUGCAGAGCGCCCUCCGCGGCUGGUCCAUGUUCGUGCCCCCCAUGGUGGUACAGCGGCUCUUUAGCUCAGGCAUCGAGGCGGGUAUCGGCGUGAACAAGUGCCACGUCACUAUCCUCUUCUGCGAUGUCGUGAAGUUUGAUGAGAUGUGCAUCGGCCUCGAGCCGAACGAGAUCAUCGAUCUGCUGUCGACCGUCGGGAACUUCGUCGCCGAGGCGAUCCAGCAGAAGGCCGGCACGCUGCUGGAGUUUAUUGGCGACGAGACUGUGUCGGUGUUUAACGUGCCUGUCCGUGUGAAGGAUCACUACCUGGCAGGGCUUGAGGCCACGAGGGAGAUCCACCGGGUUAUAGACAGCCAUAACCCGUUCAUCUCGCACGAGGGGAAGGAAGUGGAGAUCAAGUGCCGCUGCGGGGUUCACACGGCCCGCUUGCUGGCUGGCAACAUCGGCUCGCCGCAGCGUAUCAAGUAUGGGCUUCUCGGGGAUGGCAUCAACCUUGCCGCCCGCCUCAAGGGCCUCAACUCGCGCUACGGCACCAGAACGCUUGUCAGCGACAACACUAUGCAGGCGCUCAAGGCGGUGAUGCAUUCAAUGCACUACCGCCCGGUCGACGUGGUGGCCGUGAAGGGGAAGGUAAAGGGCACGCCUGUCUAUGAGGCCUUACCGUUGUAUGUAAACGAGGACAGCCAGAAGCUGCUGGCAUGCGAGAAGCAUCAGAAGGCUUUCGAGCUGUACCAGCAGCGGAGGUUCCACGACGCCGCCGAGCUCUUCCAGGAAGUCGAGAACACCUUCGUGGCAUCCGGGUGCAGCAAGGACCUCGCCAGCCGCAUUCUCCGCAAGCGAUGCCUGGCGUACAUGAGAGACCCGCCGCCAGAGGACUGGGACGGCGUGGAUCGGCUCAAGAUGAAGACGUUCGAUGUGGACGACGACGAGGCGGAAGCGGCGCAGGAGGGCGACGGCGGCGGGGCGGAAGCGGCGGCCAAUGCCGACGGGAUCGUCGAGGCGGCCUCGCGCGACGUGAACCGCAGCAUGUGGUGCUGGUCCUCCUAGCCUCAGGAGGGGAGACAACCCACAAACACAAGUAAUCUUCGACUCCCAGGAAGAUAGGGGGACGCCUGGGAAGGGUGGGGGG